CUUUAGUCUUUACCUCAAAGCCAUUGGAUUAUGCAUCACAACCAGAUUCAUGAACCUUCUCUCUCCUCCCAUAUAAAUCCCCCAAACAACCCCCUCCGCCCUCUCUCACUCCUCUUUUCUCUCUCCAAACCAUGACAACCUCCUCCUCCUCCUCCUCCUCCUCCUCCACCUCCUCCGACUCCUCCUUCUCCGGCAACCCCUCCCGCCGCCCGGAGAAGAUCAAAGGCCCCUGGAGUGCGGAGGAGGAUCGGAUUCUCAUCCAACUCGUCGACCGCUAUGGACCCCGAAACUGGUCCUUGAUUAGCCGUUACAUUAAAGGCCGCUCCGGGAAGUCCUGCCGUCUCCGGUGGUGUAAUCAGUUGAGUCCAAACGUCGAGCACCGGCCGUUUUCCGCCACGGAGGAUGAGACGAUUUUAGCGGCUCAUGCCCGGUUCGGGAACCGGUGGGCUACCAUUGCCCGGUUACUUCCAGGCCGGACCGAUAAUGCCGUUAAGAAUCACUGGAACUCCACGCUUAAGCGAAGAGCAAGACACCAACAACAUCAUUUAGCAAUUGACGGAAUUACCCCUGACAAUCAUGCCAAUGCCGUGACUGAUUCUGAUUUGAAACUCUCCGUCCCGUUAGAGGAUGACCCAUUGACUGCGUUGACUCUAGCACCGCCGGGAAUCAGCGGCGGAGUUGUAGCGGAGGAGCGGCGGAUUGAGAGUUUUCCGGCGGGGUUUUGGGAUGCAAUGAGGGAUGUGGUAGCAAGGGAGGUGAGAGAGUACAUGACGACGACGUUUUUGGAAAAUCAAGAGUUUCAUUAACGAAUAUGCCAAAGUCCUCUCUGUCUUUUUUAAUUUUUUUUGGCCAUAGAAAAAGCUGUAUUAAUUAAUUUCCUGUUAAUAUAAUGAUUCAUUAAAAAAAAGAAUUUUAAAUUCCAACGUGGCAUUACAGCCUGGCAUGUAUUGGCAUAUUAUAAUUAAUUUCAACUGCUUUUAUUUU